AAACUCCAAUCGCACGACGGCGAGCGCAGAUUGCUUGAGUCAUCUGAAGGUUCAUAACUUUACCAAAUCUUUCAUAGCUUUGAUGCAAAUGAGCUGGAUGCCUGCACUUGUUUGUAGGUGUUCCUGUUAUAUAUAAUCUCAACGAGAAGAUAAAGAGAAGAACAAUAAAAUACUCAAUGUUUUUACACAGGAGACUGUAAAGCUCGUCUACAGACUCUUUAUAUGUGCGCACCGCUGGUGCCAGACGCGCGUUUCCAGCCUGCGCUGGUGAUGCGAUGCCCCGCAACCACAGCGGCGAUGAGGGCGGUACUGGUCUCUGGAUGAAGACCUCGCAGCACUAUGGCAUGAAAGAUGUUGAAGCCGGUCGUGGGACGAUGAACAACGCGACCAGGACGGUCGACAGUUUGCUGUCGGCGCCGGGCACAACAGGUGCAGGAGGCUCGGAGAACCAGAGGAGAAAGCAGGGCGCCCGGCUGAGCCUGCUGGGAAAACCGCUCGCCUACAGCGCGCAAAGCGGCCGGAGAAACGCGCGCUACAGGAAGCUCCAGAACUACCUCUACAAUGUCCUGGAGCGACCGCGAGCCUGGGCAUUCAUUUACCAUGCCUUUGUGUUCACUUUGGUGUUUGGCUGUCUGGUUCUCUCUGUGUUCUCCACCAUCCCUGCUCAUAUGGACCUCUCCAAUCACUGUCUCCUUAUACUGGAGUUUGUGAUGAUUGUUGUAUUCGGUCUGGAGUACAUCAUUCGCAUCUGGUCUGCCGGAUGCUGCUGUCGUUACAGGGGAUGGCAAGGACGACUCCGCUUUGCUAGAAAACCAUUCUGUGUCAUUGACAUUAUUGUGCUCAUUGCAUCCAUCGCAGUGGUUUCAGCUGGAAGCCAGGGCAAUAUUUUUGCCACGUCUGCACUUCGCAGUCUGCGUUUUUUGCAGAUCCUGCGCAUGGUGCGUAUGGACAGGCGAGGCGGUACCUGGAAACUGCUUGGAUCUGUAGUCUACGCUCACAGCAAGGAGCUUGUGACUGCCUGGUACAUUGGCUUCUUGGUGCUGAUCUUUUCUUCAUUCUUGGUCUACUUGGUGGAGAAAGAAUUUAACAAACAGUUCGCCACCUAUGCCGAUGCUCUUUGGUGGGGUACGAUCACGCUCACCACCAUUGGAUAUGGGGAUAAGACUCCACAGACUUGGACUGGACGGCUUCUGUCUGCAGGGUUUGCUUUGCUGGGCAUAUCUUUCUUCGCUUUGCCUGCUGGUAUUCUUGGCUCUGGCUUUGCUCUGAAGGUCCAAGAGCAGCACAGACAGAAGCACUUUGAAAAGAGGAGAAACCCAGCAGCUAGCCUCAUACAGGCUGCGUGGCGUCUCUACUCCACAGACCUCUCCAGAACAUACCUGAGUGCCACAUGGCUGUUCUAUAAAAGUGUUCUCCCUCCUCAAAGGAAAGACCAGGGGGAAUCCAUCAGCAGCCAAAAGUUAAGUUUUCGGGAACGUGUGCGAAUGGCCAGUCCUCGUGGUCAGAGUGUAAAGAGCAGACAGAUGUCAGUGAACGACCGACGCUCUCCUGGCACAGAGGCGGGGGUUGAGGGCAGCAGCCCUGCCAAGGUUCAGAAGAGCUGGAGCUUCAAUGACCGAACACGCUUCCGCCCAUCGCUCAGACUCAAGAGCCAGUCUCGCGCAACGGCUGAAGCUGACACCAAUCUUGGACCGGAUGAUGCUUUUGAUGAGAAGGGUUGCCAUUGUGAUGUGACUGUGGAAGAUUUGUCUGCCCCACUAAAGGCAGUGAUCAGGGCCGUCAGGAUAAUGAAAUUCCAUGUGGCCAAGAAGAAGUUUAAGGAGACGCUGCGACCGUAUGAUGUGAAAGAUGUGAUUGAGCAAUAUUCUGCUGGUCACCUGGAUAUGUUAUGCCGGAUCAAGAGUCUCCAGACUAGGUUGGACACCAUUGUGGGUCCACAGACCUUGAGAACCAAAGCCAAGACCUUUUCUUCUCCUUCCCUGCACUUGUAUUACAGCCAGGCCAAGAGGAAACACUCCUCCCCAGGACUCGCUACAGCUGUGGGUCCACAUCAGACACUCAGCACCAAAGCCAGGAACCUUUCCUCUCCCUCUCUCCACUUGUAUUACAGCCAAAGCAAGAAGAAGCAUGCUGGGGUGGAUCAGAUACUAGGAAAAGGGCAGAUAUCGGUAGACAGGAAAGGCAGGGAGAAAAUCCUCCCAGAAGGAGAGUCCCUGGAGCAUGACAUGAGCAUGCUUGGCCGUGUCUGUAAAGUAGAGAGACAAGUCCAGUCCAUUGAGUCAAAGUUGGACUCGUUGUUGGAUAUAUACCGGCAGGUGUUGCAGAAAGGCUCAUCUUCGAUGCUUGGUCUCUCUGCUUUGCCAUUGUUCGAGCUGGAUCAAACCUCCGACUACCAAAGCUCCAUCCAUAGCAAGGAUUUGUCAUCAUCCUCCCAGCUUACCAGCAGCAGCGUGUCUCAUUCAGGCAGCAGUAACCUACACCGUGGUCUGCAUCUUGCUCUGGCCCCCAGUGAACUCAACUUGGGUACUGGUUACCCACAUUCAGCCUCCUCUUUCUCAUCUUCUCCUCUUCUCAACAACCAACCCUCCAGCCCGGACAGUUUCUACCCAGUGUCCCCUCCUCCCAUUCUCACCCCCAACAACCUUUCCAGAAGUCACCAGCGGUUCAGUGAGCUGACCAGGCCGGUCCCGACAAUCCAUUCGACCUCAGCGACCCUUCAGCUCCCGCCUAUGGUACCAACGCCUCAAGGCCGGCCUACCAGCCUUAUCCCAGAGACUCUACAGGAGAGCCGGGCAGAGUGUCUGAGCAAUUGCCUGUUGAGUACCCAAACCGAGGUUGAGUCGGACAGGGAAGCUGAGAGUAUUCAAAGCACGGUACAGCUACGGGUCAAGCCCGAACGCAACUCCAAGGAAGAUGGGUCGUGGAGAAGACACUUGAGCCUUGACAUUGAUCCUCUAAUGCUCAUGUCUUCCACAGCAGCUGCCUCGCUACAGGUUGAGCGUGGGCUCGGAAAAUCUCUUUCCGCUCAGAACCUCAUACUACCGUCUGCUGCGGACUGCCAUCCCAGCCUGUCCACUCGGAGCAGCGGCAGCAGCAACAAUGAGUCCAGCGACCGCGAGCCGCUGGCUGACUGGGGCGAUACAGAGCUGUUCAUCAAUGACAAAGAGUUGGACACCACGGAGGGCGACAGCUUCCUCCACCAACAAAACAACGAUACAACCUUAUCUUCUGAGCUGCUACGGACAGGAGCCAGUGGGCCGUCUCCCAGCCAGGCUGGACCAAGAGAUAGUCUCGAGUCCCAUAACUUGCCUCACGUAUGCCUCGAAUAACCCCCGGAGCACAGGAACCUCACUGUGGAGACUGGACACAACCUCAUGUCCCUCAUGUUCUUCUUUUCCAAAGGAAAUGGAGUGUCUUGUACGCUCUAUAUGUUUUCUAAUUUUCACAAGAAAAAGACAUGCUGUUCAUACGUUUCUGUUUAUACGUACAUAUCAUUGCAUGGACAAUUUGUCAAAAAAGUGAAUUUAUAUUAAUGACAAACUGUUGGGGAAGAAACAUUAAUAAAAUAUUCUGGGUUAAUAUACAGUAUGUUAAGCUCAAUCGACAGCAUUUGUGGAACAAUACUGAUCACCUCAAAAGUUUCUUUACCAAAAAAUAAUAAUAAUAAUUACAGUUACGGUGAGGCACUUACAAUGAAAGUGAAUGAGGCUAAUUGGUAAACAUUAAUAUACAGUACUCACUGUUUAAAUAGUAGAGCCACAUGACACAAACAGUAUAAGUUAGUGUGACAAAAAUCACUUACUAAGGCUACUUUCACCCUGUCAGUAGUGUUAUUUACUUGCAGGUGUGAGUCUCGAAAUGUCCUGUUCGCUCAGCAGCUUACAAUAAAAUCAAAAUCUGUUACCUGUAACAACAGCAACAGUGACUAAAGUAAUAUCAUAGAUGGUGACGUCCAUAAAACUAAAAAAAAGUCAUCAUUUUACAUAACAAAAGUUCAUUUGAGGCGCAAGUUCAUCUGUUAAAACUUCAUUAACAGACAACAGCUUUUAUAUUUGAGUGGAGAAUGUAGCAUUUGAGUUGCGCACAGACCACAAAAUGAACAGGAGCCAUUCCGGUAAGACAGCGACUGGAUCUAAAACUUUAAAUGAUACACAGCUCAUAUCUGUGUCUUCUUAAAGGUAUAGUUCACCCAAAAAUGCAAAUUCUGUCAUCAUUUAAAAGUGUUGCCAGAUUGGAAAUGUCCAAUUAUCAUACCAGAAGCUCAAAAUUAUCGUAUUUGGAAGACAAAUAUCGUACACAAGUCAAACGUACAGAAUACAGCUAUUUAUCUAGACCAACAACUUUUUGACACAACCUUCGCCUCUCCCCUGUCUUCACAUUACUUUUUUAGCACUCAUUUCCUAUACUUUAUUGCUAAACUAUCAACCUCAGCUUGGAAACAACUGAUCUAAGUGCCACGGCAGGAACAUUAACUUGUGCUUGUGAGAGAGAGUCAUUCUCCACGAUGAUUGGCCGAGAAGACGUAACAAUGAGAUGAGAUGGAAGACAUGCCUAACACCACGUUCUCCUCACAAUCAUGAUGGUAGACGUAGGAUCCACAGCUAGAUCAAUGAGUAUAGAAGCCCUAUGAUUACAACGACCAUCAUUUGAAGUGUCACAAAAUUCUGAAAUUAUCGUACAUUAUGGGAUUUUUUUCAUUACUGAUCAUACAAAGGUCCAAGUUAUUGUACAAAUACGAUUACCGUACGUCUGGCAACACUGUCAUUUACUCACCCUCAAGUUGUUAUAAACCUGCAUGAAGUUCUUUCUUCUGUUGAACAUAAAGGACGAUAUUUUGAAGAUUGUUGGUAACCCAACAGUUUCUGGUCCCCAUUGACUUCCAUAGUAUAAAAAAAAUAUUAUAGAAGUCAAUGGGGACCAGAAACUGUUUGGUUACCACCAUUCUUCAAAAUAACUUGUGUUCAGAACAAGAAAGAAAUUAAUACAGGUUUGGAACAGGAAAAGUAAAUGAUAACAGAAUUUACAUUUUUGGGUGAACUAUCUCUUUAAGUUACCAAAACCUCACUGGAAAACUUUCAACAUGCUAAACAUAUUACAUAUGACAUAUCAGUUGUCCAGUACAGUUCCAAUCAUUCAGCAGGGCUUCACCAAAAAUGCAGUUUUGAGAGACUUUACAGAUCACAUAAUACAUGCUUUAGCAGAGGAAUUGAUGUGAAGCUUAUAGCACCUACAUUGGCCCUAUUCAGUUCCAUUGUGAGUGGCUCACUCUAAUCUACUGUAUAUGCAUUUAGGGAGGAUGAAUUUCCAUUUCAUGCCAACUUAAGUAGGGACAAGUUGGGAUGAAUUGAAAUUAUUUUUUGUGUUAAUCAACAAUAUAAACGCUUACUUGAGCUUAACUUUCAUUUAACCCAUAAUGUUCUUUGACAGUUAUGAAGAGUUAUGGUACUGAAUGAGCACUUCUUUCAGGCUUGCAUGGAAUCGGCAUGUUUAAAAUGCAACAGCAAAUAGGAUUGGAAGUGUGUAUGCACCUGCAAUAAUAAGCCCUCGCUCAGCAUUAGGUUUCAUUUCUCACUUCCUUCUGAAUGUUUGGCGGUCCACUCAUUUGCAUGUGUUAAGAAUUAUGGAGGGAAUAGCAGUAAACCAGAUGGUCUUGGUCCAAAACCAUGUUAAGCCAUGUUAAGAAACAAAUGCAUCUUCACACUUGUAGCUUUCUUAAUUUAACCACUUAACCUGAGAGUCUUAACAUGUGAAGAAAGAUAAGUGCUGUUACUGGAGGGAUGUUAUGUAUGUUAUGUUAUGGGUGUAACGUCCUGUGAGAUCAGGCUUUUUUAAGAGCACUGAUUUCUGAAUUUACUAAUUCCAAGUCCUCGUGUAGAUAUUUGGCUGCUAAAAUAUAAAAAGAAAAAAGGAAGGUAAUACAUCCUUUUCAUCAUGACAAUAAAUCACAGUCACAAUAUCAUAACUAAUGAUUGUAAGUAAAUUUUACAUGUAUUUUGAUUGCUUUGUAACCUGCAUCCAUAUAAUCAGAAAUGAUAUGGCUGUCAAGUAGAAAGUCUCACAAAUGUGUUUCUAUUGGAAUUGCGGCAAUAUCUCAUUUCUGUUGUAUUUUCUGAUUCCCCCCCUUUCAAAUUCUGUAGCAAGCAGGCGUCUUAUACCUAAACCUCAGCUUUGUAACCUCUGUUCUACAUAUUUUUUUUAUUCCAUAAUUCUGAAUGGUACAAUGAGUGCUUUAGCUAAAAUGCUUGUCUGUAUAACUUAGAAUGUAACUUGUAUUGUUAUGUGUAUGUAGAAUAAUCAUGAUUAGCUGUGUUAAUUUGUUAAUUUUUCCUUUUCGUUAAAAGCAUCCGAGGUGUACAUUGAGGAUGUUUUUGGCACUGUUCAAUUGGAAGCACAACUGUUCAGAUGUGUUGAGGAAACCUGCAAAUGUGAUGAAUUGUUUUUAACAUGAAUAUGCUUUAAAUAAGAUUUAUAAUCCAGAGAUAGUUGAGAUGCUUAUUUUGCUCUAGAGUUGAGGUAAAUAAUAUAGGCACCUGAGAAUCGAACUGAGAAAAUGUCAACAGCUGUGGAACUAAUUGAUGCUUGAAAUGCAGAAAAAGGUUGUACAGAAAUAUUAGUCUUCUUAAUUAACACAUUAUAAUUAAUAUUACUAUUGUUAUUGAUUUUCUGAAAGUUUUCUUUAAUUUGUAAUUCAAUGUUUUACGGUGCCUUUUUGCAUUUUAUUAAACAGAUAUAAAACUUCUGUAUUCAUAACAGCACUCAUACCUUGAACUUUUAUUGAAAUUGUUAUGUUUAUAUUUCGAUAAUUGCACAUUCUCUGUUUGGCUGUGAACUUAAAGCGUCUGUCAGUUAAAGCAGCAUUUCUUUGUUUUACCACCAGAUCAAAUAAUUUAUUACACAGAAACUGGCCUUAAUAUACAUGCUUGAUAAUGCUAGCGUUCUCUGUCAUUCAGAAUAAUUUAUUUCAUCAUUGUGCACAUAACAGAGUUGAUGCUCUGAUUGAAAAAUGCAAAAUGAAAAUUUAUGAUCAUGAUAAUACUUAAAUAAACAAAAGACUUGAAACUUGG